AUGGCCGGCAGCGGGGAGCACGGUGGCGGCAACCCGCGCAAUCCCGGGGGCAGGGGAGAACGAGCGGAGCAGAUGCGGACGGAAAACGGCUACCACGCGGACGGGGAGUGCGCGCCCGGCGAGAGGGGGGAGGCAGCGGGGGCGACGGUCCAAGCGGGCAGCGCGCAUGCCGAUCGACAGCGCGGAGAGGAGCCGGCGGCAGCAAGCAGCGAUGCGGCAAACGGGUGGCUUGUGCUUGACGGCGAGCGGAAAGCGGCAGGGUCGAGCGGGGUCGCGGAGACGGGUCGGCAUCGCAGCAGCAGCAUCGGCGAUUCCCAGCAGCAGGUAGACAACGAGUACGCGGAGCCGUAUCAGUUCGCGCAGUCGCUCGUGUCGCUGUCGCACAACCCUGACUCGCCCGUCAUCAGCAACUGCGCCACGUGCGGCCGCCACGGACCGCCUGGCUCGUGCGCAUGUGCGCCGCUGACUCCGCUUCGACAGCGCGGCGCAGCAGCGGCGGGAUCGGGCGGACGUGACUAUAGCGACGUGCCGCAAUUGAAGCUGGAGUCAGGGGGUACCGCGGACGCGCAAGUGGCGCAGAGAGCGCGCAUAGGGGUGACAGUGGCGGCGGUAGCAGGGGGCGAGGCGGCACAGGAGAGAGGCGAGAAGCGCAUGGCGCAACAGCAGCAGCAGCAGCGCGCGCUCAGAUUCGCGUCCAGCGUGGACGUGCGGAGGAUCGCGACGGGCGGCAGCAGCGACAAGCUGGCGAACGGCGCGGAGGGCGGGGAGAGUAGGGCGCAGCAGCAGGUGGCGCAGAAGGCGUGGGCGGAGGGGUUCGACGCGAUCGAGCGCGGGCUGGUGGCGGCGGUGAAGGGGUUCGCCAUCGGCGCGGGGCUGCGCGGCGGACUGUCGCUCUUCAGCCUGCUGGGGCGACUCAGACGCCGCCGCGCGCGCAUUGCCUCGGGCGACAAGGACGCAGCAGCGGCGGCGGGCGUGUGGGAGGGCGUGGUGGGGGUGGUGCGCGAGGGCGUGCGGUACGGCAUGUUCGUGGGCACGUUCGCCGGCUCCUACUGCGUGCUGGACGAGGGCAUUGCGGCCGUGGGCGGACACGACAAGACCCGCAGGUGGCGUGCGCUGCUAGCAGGCGCAGCAGCAGCACCAUCGCUCCUGCUAGCGGGGCCCAACACGCGGCACACGAGUCUGGCGCUGUACGUGCUGCUGCGCGCCGUGGUGCUGGCGGUGCGCUGCGGCAUCAAGAGCCCCUCGUGGGGCUGGCUCUUCCGCCCGCUCACCUGGCGCCAUGGCGACACACUGCUCAUGUGCAUCUCCGCCGCCCAGAUUCUCUCCGCGUGGAUGCUGGAGCCGCACAGCCUGCCAGCCACAUACGUGUCGUUCCUGAACAAGCACGGCGGCAAGCCCGCCUGCGUGUACCAGGCCAUGAACGAAAUGGCGCUGCACGGACGCGUCACCCCCGCCUGCACUGCGGACCUCGCUGCCAUGCUUGCGCGCAGCGGGGGGAAGGGUGGGGGCGGCGGGGGAAAGGGGGGGAUGAAGCUGCCGUGGACGCGCGUGGUGCCGGCGCAUGAGGCAGUCAUUCCCUGUGAUCUACACUGCUUCCUACUCCACGGCCCCUUCGCCCAUUUCUCUCCAGCAACGUCUUCCCUCCCCUCUUUUCCCCCUUCCUCCCCUACCCUGCUUUCCCCUCCCCUCCCUUCCCCUGCCCUCCCCUCCCCACCCGUUUCCUCCCGUCCCCUCCCGUCCCCUCCCGUCCCCUCCCGUCCCCUCCCGCCCCCUCCCGUCCCCUCCCGUCCCCUCCCGUCCCCUCCCGCCCCCUCCCGUCCCCUCCCGUCCCCUCCCGUCCCCUCCCGCCCCCUCCCGUCCCCUCCCGUCCCCUCCCGUCCCCUCCCGCCCCCUCCCGCCCCCUCCCGUGCCCUCUCAACCGUCCCUGCCCCACAUCCCCACCAGUUCCUGCACCCGGGCGGGUGGUGCUGGUGGCACUUCCUCUCCUUCCUCCCAGCAGCGUACAUGAGAGCCGUGCCCGUCUACGUGCCAGUCUACCUCGUGCCUGCUCUGCUCGUGCACCGCUCCUCCCUCCUCCGCCAGCCUCUGUCCAUUGCACUGCGCACGGCUCUGGGAGCAGCGCGCUCCUCGCUCUUCCUCGCCACCUACUGCGGCACUGCCUGGUUCUGGACGUGCAACAUUCACCAGUUGGUUGGCAAGUGCACGCGUGCGACCAUGGCUGGUGGCGCGUUCCUGUGUGGCCUGGCAGUGCUACUGGAGAAGAAGUCGCGGCGCAUGGAGCUAGCGCUCUACUGCUUCUCCCGUGCCAUCGAGUCAUAUUUCAUCUGCCUCGCCUCCUGGGGCGUCCUCCCGCCGCUCUCUUCCCUCGCUCUCUUCCCCGCCCUCGCCAAGCGCUACCUCUCCACCAAGUCUGCUGCUGGAGCGCCCGGAGGUGUGGGAGUGGGUAGCAGAGCAAGCGCAGGAGGGUGCAGAGGGGGAGGGAUCGUGAAGGAGUCGCUAAGCGGAGUUCUCCCAGUGGCAGCAGCGGUGCUGCAGCCGCACGCUCUCCUAGACGUGGCGUUACUGGCAGCAGCAGCGGGGGUGAUCAUGCAGUGCUACCAGAGCGAGAGAGACGUGUUCCGCUCCAAGUACCUGAACGUGCUUGACUGGAUCUUCGGGGUUCCCAAGGGGCAGAAGGCUGCCUCUGAGCUCAACCGCCGCCGCUCCCCUCAGGUGCAUGCGUUGGAGCAUGCUAAGCCGCGCUCGCUCUCCCUCCCGGCCUUCUCCCUGCCCGCUUCUGCAGCGGGUGCUGCCUCUGGCACCUCUCGUGCUUUCGCUGGGAUUUUGCCGCCUGCCAACCUGCCUCGUGCUGCUGCUCCUGGUGCCGGUGCUGCUGCUGCGCGCUCGGCUCCUGGCUCUGGCAAUCUGUUGAAUGGCAGUGCGUCUGGUGAGCAGCAUCAGCAGUGCAACGGGAUGGAGAGUGCUGAUAAAGUCAAGUGA